AUGUUCCGCUUCGCUCUCUAUGCCGUCAGCCUCUGGCAGGUCGCUGCUGAUGAGCAUAAGGCGGUUAAUGCUACCGGAUCCCCAGCGAGGCUAUUAAUGGACGUCAUCACGGCUAUUACUACUGAGGCUCCUACUAUUCCAAUUCUCGCUGAAGCUCCUAUCCUCACUACGACUGACGCACCACGGCCUACGAAGUCCACAAGGCCUACGGAGCCCACACGACCUACCAAGCCCACAAGGCCCACUGAACCCACAAGGCCUACGAAGCCCACAAGGCCUACGGAGCCUACACGACCUACCAAGCCCACAAGGCCCACUGAGCCCACAAGGCCUACGAAGCCCACAAGGCCUACGGAGCCCACAAGGCCCACUGAGCCCACAAGGCCCACUGAGCCCACAAGGCCUACGAUGCCCACAAGGCCCACUGAGCCCACAAGGCCUACGAAGCCCACAAGGCCUACGAAGCCCACAAGGCCUACGAAGCCCACAAGGCCUACGAAGCCCACAAGGCCCACUGAGCCCACAAGGCCUACGAUGCCCACAAGGCCUACGAUGCCCACUAUGCCUACCAAGCCCACUAGGCCUACGAUGCCCACUAGGCCUACGAUGCCCACAAGGCCUCACUGCAAGAACGGCAAAUGUGAUAAUCUCAACACGAAUCCUGAUAAAACGAAAACUGAAUACCCAGAAGGUUGGUCUACUACUGAAGCUCCCACGGAUGUGACCGCUGAGGCCGUUGAAGCUACUACCACCAGCACCUUUGCUGCGGUUACUACCAUUGAAGCUUAUAUUGCCGAGUCUUCUGCGACUGGAGCACCCACGGAGUAUGUUACCACUACGACUGUUACUCCCCUGUUGGUCUUCACAACAACUGGAGUCCCUGUAGAGGCUACUACUGAAGCCCCUGUAGAGGCUACUACUGAAGCCCCUGUAGAGGCUACUACUGAAGCCCCUGUAGAGGCUACUACUGAAGCCCCUGUAGAUGCUACUACUGAAGCCCCUGUAGAGGCUACUACUGAAGCCCCUGUAGAUGCUACUACUGAAGCCCCUGUAGAGGCUACUACUGAAGCCCCUGUAGAGGCUACUACUGAAGCCCCUGUAGAGGCUACUACUGAAGCCCCUGUAGAGGCUACUACUGAAGCCCCUGUAGAGGCUACUACUGAAGCCCCUGUAGAGGCUACUACUGAAGCCCCUGUGGAGGUUACUACUGAGGCCCCUGUAGAUGCUACUACUGAAGCCCCUGUAGAUGCUACUACUGAAGCCCCUGUAGAUGCUACUACUGAAGCCCCUGUAGAGGUUACUACUGAAGCCCCUGUAGAUGCUACUACUGAAGCCCCUGUAGAGGCUACUACUGAAGCCCCUGUAGAGGCUACUACUGGAGCCCCUGUAGAGGCUACUACUGAAGCCCCUGUAGAUGCUACUACUGAAGCCCCUGUAGAGGUUACUACUGAAGCCCCUGUAGAUGCUACUACUGAAGCCCCUGUAGAGGCUACUACUGAAGCCCCUGUAGAGGCUACUACUGAAGCCCCUGUAGAGGCUACUACUGAAGCCCCUGUAGAGGCUACUACUGAAGCCCCUGUAGAGGCUACUACUGAAGCCCCUGUAGAGGCUAUUACUGAGGUCCCCGUUGAUGCUACUACUGAGGUCCCUGUAGAGGCGAUAACUGAAGCCCCUGAAGAAGCUACUACUGAAGACCCCACUGACGCUACUACUGAAGUCCCUAGGGAGGCUACUACUGAAGCCGCUGUGGAGGCUACUACUGAAGCCCCUGUAGAGGCUACUACUGAAGCCCCUGUAGAUGCUACUACUGAAGCCCCUGUAGAGGCUACUACUGAAGCCCCUGUAGAUGCUACUAGUGAGGUCUCUAUCGAGGCUACUACUGAAGGUCCCACUGACGCUACUACUGAAGCUACUACUGAUGCCCCCAUCCUUCUUUAG